AUGUCUUACUUAGCUUAUUCAGAUAAAUAUGAUGAAUCACAAGGGCAUGGAACAAUUAUGGCUGGAAUCAUUGCUGGUCAAGCAUUGUGUGAGGAAUCUUAUUGUUCUGGAACAUUUUAUGAUGGUGUUGCGCCUGAUAGUCGUCUAAUAAUACAAGAUGUUAUUGAUGAACAUGGUAAACUUGAUUUUCCUGCCAAUAUAACAGAGCUUUUCGAUAUCCCAUCAAUGGCAAAAAGUGUCGUCCAGUUAAAUUCAUGGUCCUAUGAAUAUUCACCAUUAUUAACAAGAGCAGUUGAUUUGAUGGCCUAUGUAAACAUGAAUUUGACAAUUGUUUUUCCUUUCGGAGAAAAAAACACUCUGAGAUCUCCAGCUGAUUCAAAAAACGUUUUGACAGUUGGCGGUUAUUAUCAAGAGACAUUACUCAAGAACCAAGAAGCUGAGAAACCAUUUGUCAACAUAAUAAUUGAUGGCAAGAAGAAUGUUUUAGGUUACUGCGAUAUGUCAGUUGGAAUAAGUUUUUUAGAUGCUAUAACUGAUAACAAAACAUCAAACGACGUUUGUUUCAAAGGUUUACAAAUCGGUGUUGCAAAAGGUGACAUUUUCAUUGAUGAAUUUGGUGACAGAAGUUUUGAUGAAUUAAAAGAUGCAGGAUUAGUUAUUGCUUUCCACAACAAAGAGUACAAUAACAUAAAACUAAAAACAUCUCUAAUAAGAGUGAAAGCAGAUGAAAGAUACAAAUUUAGAAUGGGAAGUCGUGUCACAAUUGAACCAAUUUUUACAAAUAAUGUUAGUUCUGAAAGUUACAAUUUACCUAAAAACUUUUAUAGAACUAAACCUGAUAUUGUUUAUCCAGGUGGACAUGUUUAUGCUCCAAGAGCUUAUUCAAUAAGUAAAAAUGUUUGUGGAAAAGAGAGUUUGUUGAUUGCCGAAGGAAAUUCUGUUUCAGCAGCUCUUGCAACAGGAAAUAUCUUGAUUUUAAGUCAAUGGUUGAGAGAAGGAUAUUAUCCAACAGGAAAGAAGAACAAGAAAAAUAGUAUUGAACCUUGCUCUACUUUAAUAAGAGCAAUUUUGGUAAAUACAGCUGAUUUGCCAAUAAACGUGACAAAAAAUGACGGAGGUUUUGGAUUACCUCAUUUAGACAAAUUCAUGUUAUUUGAUAAUGGCGAAAGCAAUCAGAAUGGAACAAGAUUGUUUAGUAACAUGAGUUUGAAGGCCGGAUAUUCUCAUAAAUUCGUUUUUAGACCAGAAAGAAACGGAAAAAUGAGAGCAACGCUGUGUUGGAUUGAACCAGAUACUGAUAUAUAUAAGAACACAGAUAUAUUAUAUACUGUUGAUAUAAGACUUGUUAAAGGAAAUGGACAAGUAUUGAUAGGAAAUAGAAAAAUCAAUGAAAAAUACAUUGAUCAACAUAAUACGAUCAAAAGAAUUGAAAUUGAUGUGAAUGCUGGCGAAACUUAUGAUAUUUAUAUUGUUUCCAAACAAAUGCAUGAAGAUUGUUUCAUAUAUUAUUCAUUAGUUAUCUCCGGACCUUUUGAUAUGUUUGAUGAUUCAUUAAGCGCUGUUUCUCAAGAAGAAGCUAAUGAUACACCUUGUAUCGAUUCAUGCCAAGAAGGAGAAGUUUGCAAACAUGGUUUCUGCGUGUGUCCGAAUAACAAUGAUUGCAUGUUGACUGUUGACAAACUCCAAACAAAUUCUGUUUAUAAGAAAUCGAUUUCAUCAAAUAAUAUGUAUUAUUUGGCUCUUGAUAUUCCUUUCUUAAACGCAGAAAGUGUUAUUAACGUAAACUUCACUUGCAAAGAGACAAUUCACUAUAUAUCUGCAAUAAAUAGAUUGCCUGCAUGGAAUGAUUGCGAUUGCACUUUCUUUACAUGCAAUUUCGGAGAAGUUUAUGAAAAUUCGUUCUCUAUUAAUCACCAGGACUUCGAAUUCUUAAGAAAAGGUGAUAAAAUCGUUAUAGGAUAUUAUAUUCCUGGCCACGACAAAGAAGAAGAAAUUGAAAUUUCAUUUGAAAGCAAAUAA